UGGUGGAGUAAAGUAGGCGCUUUAAAAACUGCAGGUCAGACAGUACGAGGACAAAUUAAAUAAUUUUGUAUAGUGAUUGAAUUCUCUUGCAUGAACUAGCAAGCGCUUCAUUUGAGGAGUGCUAUCGAGUAUCGAGUCUCUUUUGGCGUCAAGCGCAGACAGGUUCCUACAGGACAGGUAGUUGCUUUCAAUCCAUUCAACAUGGAGGAAUCAUUCGCAGAACCAGGCUGGCUCUCUGAGGAGGUCAAAACCGGGACGACCAUCAUCGCUGUUACAUUUGACGGUGGAGUUGUUCUUGGCUCUGACUCGCGUGUGUCUGCAGGGGAGUCAGUGGUGAAUCGUGUUAUGAACAAGCUUUCCCCCCUCCAUGACAAGAUCUACUGUGCUUUGUCUGGAUCAGCAGCUGAUGCUCAAACCAUUGCUGAGAUAGUCAACUACCAACUGGAUGUACACAGUAUUGAGGUGGAAGAUUACCCACUGGUAUGCUCUGCUGCUACUCUGGUGAAGAAUAUUUCAUACAAAUACAAAGAGGAACUAUCAGCACAUCUUAUUGUUGCUGGGUGGGACAGGAAAGAAGGAGGACAGGUGUAUGCAACACUGAGUGGUUUGCUGACAAAGCAGCCUUUUGCUAUUGGUGGCUCUGGGAGUUUUUACAUCAAUGGCUUUGUGGAUGCAGAGUACAAGAAAAACAUGACAAAGAGAGAAUGCCAAGAUUUUGUUGUGAACGCACUCACUCUGGCGAUGGGUCGAGAUGGCUCAAGUGGAGGUGUUGCAUAUGUUGUCACCAUUGACCAAGAUGGAACAGAAGAGAAGUGUGUCUUAGGAAAUGAACUACCCAAAUUUUUUGACGAGUGACAAAAAGGACUUUGUUCUUAAAUUAAGGAUGUUGCAUGUUAACACACCAACUGUAUACUUGUAAACUUCUUAAACAGAGCAAGACAACAUACAGCAUAUUAAAAUUGUGCAGAUUCAACUG